AACCAAACGAUUCCAAAUUAAAUAUCCAAAAAUUUUAUUUCUUCUUUGAAAGAAAAAGAAAAGGAAAACUGAUUCUUCAAUAGUGCCUCCACUACCAUGAUCAAAAUGGGCACAAGAAAGGUAGCUUUUGUUGCUUUCUUGCUCUUAGAUAUAAUAACCAUCCAUGUGUUAGCUGAGUGCACUUGUGAACCUGAAGAAAACGAGGGUAAAAAGAGUGAAGCUCUCAAAUACAAACUCAUAGCACUUGCUUCCAUCCUAGUCGCAGGCGCCCUCGGUGUAUGUAUACCCUUCAUCGGUAGAGUUGUGCCCGCUUUAAGCCCCGAGAAAGAUGGUUUCUUUAUAAUUAAGGCGUUUGCAGCCGGCGUCAUAUUGGCUACUGGCUUUAUACAUGUACUUCCUGACGCAUUCGAAAGCUUAACGUCUCCAUGUUUGAAAGAACACCCAUGGGGAGACUUCCCUUUUACGGGGUUUAUUGCGAUGGUGGCAACCAUGUUGACACUCUUGUUUGAGACCUCGUCUGCCGCUUAUCAGCUCAGAUCUCAUGAGUCUAGAACGGCUCUAAAGCCUGAUGACGGUUAUGGAGACGAAGAGCGGAACCCACAGCAUAUGGGUCAAGUGGCGGCUCACACUCAUGCGACUCAUGGACAUGCCCAUGGAUCAAUAUCUAACUUGUCACAAGUCGAUCGGUAUAGGAUAGUUUCUAAGGUGUUGGAACUUGGUAUUAUCGUACAUUCAGUGGUAAUAGGAUUGUCUUUGGGUGCAUCUGAAAGUCCAAAAACCAUCAAACCACUCGUUGUUGCAUUGACUUUCCACCAAUUCUUUGAGGGAAUAGGUCUUGGAGGAUGCAUUUUUCAGGCAGAAUUCAAGUCAUUAGCUGCCACAAUCAUGGGAGCAUGUUUUAGCAUUACAACCCCAUUCGGUAUCGUGAUUGGGAUAUUGGUAACGAGUAGUUAUAAAGAGGAUAGUUCAACAGCCCUAAUCGUCGAGGGUGUACUAAACUCGGCGUCCGCAGGGAUAUUGAUCUACAUGGCACUUGUUGACCUUCUUUCUCCUGACUUCAUGAACCCUCGGAUGCAAAAGAAUAAGUUGCUUCAAUUGGGUUCAAAUGUUUCACUUCUUUUGGGUGCUGGGCUUAUGUCUCUUCUAGCAAAAUGGGCUUGAAUUUUCUUUACUAACUAUAUCCACUUGAUACUUCUUGUGUAUAUUUUUAAAGAUUUAUGUUCUACUUGUGGUGUUCUUGAUUGUGAGGGGUUUUGAUGUUUGUUUUUUUUAACCGAAUAUAUUGUGAAUAACGAGCUGACCAAUUGUAAAGGAACUUAAUGUUUCUGGGUCAUAUACGUUCGAAAUUAGCGUGUUUCCUUUGCUUACAUUUGUAACGAUCACUUUUGAUCACGUUGAUGAUUGACAAAUUCUUGGUAUAAAAAAGUAAUAAACAAAUUGAUAAUAAGUAUACAUUACUUUC